AUGGCUUCGUCAUCAUCCAACGUGGUCGGUGUUCACUACCGAGUUGGCAAGAAAAUUGGAGAGGGAUCUUUUGGUGUUAUUUUUGAAGGCACCAAUUUACUCAACAAUCAACAAGUUGCUAUCAAGUUUGAACCUCGCAAGAGUGAUGCCCCCCAACUGCGAGAUGAGUACCGGACUUAUAAGAUCCUUGUGGGCUGCCCUGGUAUUCCAAAUGUUUACUACUUCGGCCAGGAGGGUCUCCACAAUAUUCUCGUGAUCGACUUACUCGGUCCUUCCCUCGAGGAUCUUUUUGAUCACUGUGGCCGAAGGUUCUCCAUCAAGACGGUUGUCAUGGUUGCCAAGCAAAUGCUUUCGAGGGUUCAGACGAUUCACGAGAAGAAUCUCAUUUACCGCGAUAUCAAGCCCGACAACUUCCUCAUUGGCCGCCCUGGCACCAAAGCUUCUAGCGUGAUUCAUGUGGUUGACUUCGGCAUGGCCAAACAGUACCGUGACCCGAAGACGAAGCAACAUAUCCCAUACCGCGAGCGAAAGUCCCUUUCCGGAACUGCACGAUACAUGAGUAUCAAUACCCAUCUUGGCCGUGAGCAGUCCCGCCGAGACGAUCUCGAAGCUCUUGGUCAUGUCUUCUUGUACUUUCUUCGAGGUGGUCUUCCUUGGCAGGGAUUGAAGGCGGCCACCAACAAGCAGAAAUAUGAGAAGAUUGGUGAGAAGAAGCAGACAACUGCUAUCAAGGAUCUCUGUGAGGGUUUCCCUGAGGAAUUCUCUAAAUAUUUGACGUAUGUCCGAAAUCUUGGCUUUGAGGAUACUCCUGACUACGAUUACCUCCGGGAGCUCUUCACACAGGCUCUCAAGAACACUGGCGAGGUUGAGGAUGGCGAGUAUGACUGGAUGAAAAUUUCGAAGGAUUCGGGAAAGGGAUGGGAUUCGAAGAACCACAGCGGCGCGUACCUCCACAACCCCAAUGUGCGGCCUGGCCCCUCUCAGAUGGAGCUGCACAGCGGCCACCGUCCCGGGAAUACCACCUCUCACCAACAAGCACAAAACCUUACUGUCGGCCGUUUAAACGCCGCGCAACCCCCUCCUCCGUCUCCGAUCAAGCAGAUGGGCAAGCAGAGAGAUCGGCCAAGCGCCCCCGGCGCCUUGUCAGCGCAGAGGGGGAGCGGGGUUGGGGGUCUUCGGGACAUGGCCACGCCCACUGGCUCGACCCAGGCUCAGUUCCAGAACAGUGCCCAGAACCUGCCUCAGCAGCCGAGGACGUCCCAGCAAGGCCAGGCGACUCAAGCCGCCCAGGCUAGUGGCCAACAGGCCAAUCCUCAGCCCAGUGGCUUCCAGAAGUUGAUGAAGACCCUAUGCUGUGGGUAA